ACGACAUUAGCGCGGCGUCUGUUCUUGUUGUAAGGCGUUCGUCUCCUGUUUGUUAAGUGUCGUUAUAGUGAAAUUUUGAUUUUACAUAUAUUUGGUAGCAGAAGAAAAUGGGCGACAGUUAUGGUUUAGGAGCGGGUGGAUACGGAGAUUAUUCACAGCCUCCUCCAAGUACAGCGUAUCCCAACACGUACGGCAGCCAAGGCUCUGGGGGUGGCGGCGGCGGCGGCUACCAGUCCGGUGGAACUGGAGGUGGCGGGUCGUGGAACCAAAAUAGAAGCCAAUCUGGCCCCGGCGGCUAUGGAGGCGGACAAGGUGGAGGCGGUAAUUACCAAGGAGGCGGUGGUUAUGGAUCUGGCGGUGGUGGAGGCUACGGCAGUAGCGGCGGAGGCGGUUACGGCGGCGGUGGCGGUUAUGGGUCUGGAGGUGGUGGUUACGGAGGUGGCCGAGACCGUGGAUCUGGUGGAGGCCGGGAUUUAGAACGCAGAGAUAGUUUUGGAGGCGGCAACAGGGGUGGUGGUUAUAAUAAAGGAGAUGGUGGUAACCUAGUAAUCCAAGUAGAUACGAUAUUUGUGUCUGGAAUGAAUCCCGAUUUGAACGAAGAUGACAUUGCUAACCAUUUUGGUUCUAUUGGAAUCAUCAAGAUGGACAAGAGGACACAGAAGCGCAAAAUCUGGCUGUACAAAGACAAAACCACCGGGCAAUCCAAAGGGGAGGCCACGGUGACCUACGACGAUGCUAACGCUGCUCAAUCUGCCAUUUCUUGGUUCGACGGUAAAGAUUUCCGUGGAUCAGUCAUCAAAGUCCAACUCGCUACAAAGAAAGACAAUUGGAGCCAGGGCGGUGGACGUGGUGGACCCAGAGGUGGUGGUGGUGGUGGGGGCGGCGGCGGCGGCGGACCCAGAGGUGGAGGCGGCGGAUUUGGUGGACCCCGAGGACGGGACGGUGGCCACGGUGGUGGCGGUGGCGGCGGCGGCGGUGGUCGCGACCGUGAGUCCCGCGAAGGAGACUGGAAGUGUCCGAAUCCCGAUUGUGGCAACACGAACUUCGCCUGGAGAAACCAGUGUAAUAGGUGCAGUGAAAACAAACCGGAAGGUGGCGGCGGCGGCAGUAGCGACGAUGACAGGCGAGGUGGUGGUGGUCGAGGCGGCGACCGCGACGGAGGCAGAGAUAGACGCGGCGGCGGCGGCGGUUUCAGGGGCGGCGACAGAGGAGGCCGUGGUGGCGGUUUCGGCGGUCGCGGCGGCGGCAGAGGAUUUGGUGGCGGCCGUGGAGGCGGAAGAGGAGGCGGCGGUGGUCGUGACGGCGGCGGCAGAGAUGGUGGAAGGCCCAGACCGUAUUGAAGUUAAAUAGUGCAUUUUAAAUGUUUUAAUUAUAAUUAACGAAUAUGACUGUAUUUUUUGUAUGUAGUUAGAUUUUUGUAAUUAAGUUGAUUUUUGUUCAACGGUAAUAAAAGUUUUAAUUUUC